AUGUUUGGAACUCAAAGCCAAAGAGACCUCCCCUUAGAAUUCCAAUCCCAAAUACCAAUUUUGAGGCCUAGCAUCCAUACCAGGAGGGCUAAUCUUACAGUAAAGUUCCAAGACCUUUAUGGGUUCACAGUAGAAGGGAAUGUAGAUGAUGUUAAUGUGUUGAAUGAGGUGAGAGAGAAGGUGAGGCAACAAGGACGGGUGUGGUGGUCAUUGGAGGCUAACAAAGGUGCAAAUUGGUACUUGCAGCCUUCCAUAUCUGAAGGAAUUGCCCUUAAAUCUUCGCUAAAAUUUUCAGCUUUGGCCAAUGCCAUUACUUUGAAGAGGCUGAUUAGGAAGGGAAUUCCACCUGUUCUUCGGCCCAAGGUGUGGUUUUCGUUAUCUGGGGCGGCCAAGAAGAAGUCCACGGUACCUGAGAGCUAUUACAACGAUUUGAUAAAGGCCACUGAGGGCAAGGUCACCCCUGCCACUAGGCAGAUUGAUCAUGACCUGCCCCGUACCUUCCCAGGUCACCCAUGGUUGGACACCCCAGAGGGUCAUGCUGCUCUUCGACGUGUCCUUGUUGGGUAUUCUUUCCGUGAUUCUGAUGUUGGCUACUGUCAGGGCUUAAAUUAUGUUGCAGCAUUGUUACUGCUUGUGAUGAAAACAGAGGAAGAUGCAUUUUGGAUGCUAGCAGUCCUGUUGGAAAAUGUGUUGGUUAAUGACUGCUAUACAAAUAAUUUAUCAGGAUGCCAUGUUGAACAAAGAGUUUUCAAGGAUUUCCUUGCUAAAAAGUGCCCAAGGAUGGCAAUGCAUUUGGAAGCAAUGGAGUUUGAUGUCUCCCUUGUUGCCACUGAGUGGUUUCUCUGCCUCUUUUCCAAAAGCUUGCCUUCAGAGACUACUCUAAGGGUAUGGGAUAUCCUUUUCUACGAGGGGGCUAAAGUUAUUCUUCAUGUGGCUUUAGCAAUCUUUAAGAUGAAGGAAGAGCAGUUGCUCAUAACCCACCAUGUUGGUGAUGUAAUUAGUAUUCUGCAGAGAACUACUCAUCACCUGUUUGAUCCUGAAGAGCUAUUGACGGUGGCAUUUGAUAAGAUAGGUUCAAUGACAACCAACAAUAUAUCAAAGCAAAGGAAAAAGCAAGAACCAGCAGUGAUGAAGGAACUCGAUCAGAGAUUUAGACGGCUAAAUUCCCUAAAGUUGGAUGACAAAUAA